AUGAAUGGGACUAGUGAAAGCCAGCAGGAAGCUAGUCACAUGAAAAGUAUCCUGAAUGCGAGAACCAAACUUAAACUGGGUUUUUGGAAUGUCCGUACCAUGUAUGAGGCAGGAAAACAAGCCCAAGUGUUAAGAGAAAUGAAGGAAAACAAGCUGCACAUAUUAGGUAUAAGUGAAUGUAGAUGGACAGGAUUUGGCAAAAACUUGACAAAUACAGGAGAUACGAUCAUAUAUUCUGGUAGAAACGAUGACAAACACCAGGGGGGAGUUGCCAUCAUCCUCAACAAAUCAUCUUCUAAAUCACUCAUUGAGUAUAAUCCAGUCAGUGAAAGAAUAAUAACAGCAAGACUAAAUACAAAACCUAUAAAGACAUCAAUCAUCCAAGUCUAUUCUCCAACAAAUGAAGCUGAUAAAGAAAUUAAGAUAGAAUUUUAUGAAAUGCUUCAAGCUGAGAUAGAGAAAAUCCCCAAAAAAGACCUAACAAUCAUCAUGGGAGAUUUUAAUGCUAAAGUGGGACAAGACAACAGUGGUUUUGAGAGAAUAAUGGGAAAACAUGGCUGUGGGAUCAUGAACGAAAAUGGAGAGCAUCUAGUAGACUUUUGUGGACUGAACAAUCUUGUAAUAGGUGGAACAUUGUUCCGACACAAGGAUGUCCAUAAGCUGACUUGGGUUUCACCUGGAGGCAGAGAUAAAAACCAGAUCGACCACAUAGCAAUUAAUGGCAAAUGGAGGAGAUCCUUACAGGAUGUGAGAGUAAGGCGAGGCGCUGAUGUUGGAAGUGACCAUCAUCUUGUCACAGCAAACAUCAAACUCAAACUAAUGAGAGCAUCAGAACCUUGCAGGGUACAGAGAUUCGACACCGGGAAACUCAGACACAUAAAAAACAACCAUGACUUCAAAUUAGAACUGAAGAAUCGCUUCCAACUCUUAGAACAACUAAAAAGUAACAACACUGAAGAGAGUGAAACAGUAGAUGAACAAUGGCAAGAAGUGGAAGAUCUGUUUAAAAAGACCAGUGAAAAAAUAUUGGGUUUCAAACGCCAAAAGCACAAAGAAUGGAUCAAACAAGAGACAUGGUCGCUGAUUGACAACAGGAAAGAGCUAAAGAAAAAGAUCUGCAACACUCACUCUGAUAGACUAAAAGACAGACUAAGGGGCCAAUACUCCAACUGUAACAAGGACGUUAAGAAAGCCACCAGAAAAGAUAAAAAAGAUUUCAUCGAGGGAUUGGCUCUAGAGGCUGAGAACAAGAGAAUAGAUGGAAUGAGCACUUCAAAGAAGUAUUAA